CGCAACAGAAAAACAAAAAAUCAAAAAAGUAUCGACAGGCAAAGCUGCACCGCCUUCCCUUUAACUCAUCAACAGCCGCGUCGACAAAACGCACCGUCUCAUCUUUUUGGGGAUCACUGCCACGAGAGAGAGAGAGAGCUUGAACUUGACCCUUAAUGGCGGAGAAGCCCCAACCGGUGCGCGUACUGUAUUGUGCUAUUUGCAGUUUGCCAGCCGAGUACUGUGAAUUCGGACCCGAUUUCGAGAAAUGCAAGCCCUGGUUGAUUCAAAAUGCCCCGGACCUUUAUCCGGAUCUUGUUAAAGAUUGUUCGUUUAUAUGCACAGAGGCAAAUGCGAAGGAAGCUGAUAAAGUAUCGGAGCAGUUGCAAUCUACUAGUAUUUCUUCAGGAGGUGGCGAUGGAGCUGCUUCUUCAGCACCAAAGCAAGAAGAAGUUAAGCGUCUUCCUGGUGGGAAGAUAAAGAAGAAGGAGAAGCAGGAAGUAGUUAUUGAAAAGGUUACACGUAACAAGCGAAAAUGUAUCACCACUGUGAAAGGCCUGGACCUUUUUGGUGUCAAACUUAGUGAUGCUUCGAAGAAACUUGGGAAAAAGUUUGCUACAGGAGCCUCCGUUGUUAAGGGGCCAACUGAGAAGGAACAAAUUGAUGUUCAAGGGGAUAUAGCCUAUGACAUUGUGGAGUUCAUCACAGAUACCUGGCCAGAUGUUCCAGAGACUGCAAUUUUCUUUAUAGAAGAUGGGAGAAAGGUCCCAGCUGCCUGACUUAUCGUGGCAGACAAAUAAAGUGGAAUUUGGUAUCUUUCCUCCAUGCUGGCACAACACUGAACCAGAUUCAUUGCACUCACAAAGUAAGCAACAGCUGGACAAAGUAUUGGUCAGGGAUAUUAGAUGUCCCCUUAAGAGUUUAUUAUCAUCUAUGUUGCAAAGAAGGGAUUUUUUUUUUUUUUUUUUGGGUGCGGUUUAAUGGUGUUUUAAUCUUUAGGGAUGUUCUAUGUAUAUGGCCAUUUGCUUUAUUUUCGUUGCUGUUUUUGCUUUUACAUUUACAUAUUACCUCAAGGCUGACAUAUAAGCGAUAAGCAUUCCCCUUUACAUAUGAAUAUAGUUCUUGUAUGAGUUGAAAUGAGCAGUUUAUGCAAAUUUUUUAUGUUUAAA